AUGUGUUUCGGGGGAAGGAGGGGUGAGGAUGAGUACAAGAAGAGUCGGGAAAUCGAUGCAAUGAUCCAUCGGGACGAGAAGGAGAUGGCAAAGGUCGUCAAGCUCUUAUUAUUGGGUGCUGGAGAAAGCGGGAAAUCGACCAUCCUGAAGCAGAUGAAAUUGAUCUACACCAAAGAGGGCAUCUCCAAGAGCGAAAAGGAGGAAUGGCGAGUCAUCAUCUUCAACAACCUGCUCGAUGGACUACGGAUGAUUAUCGAUGCCAUGGAGGAUAUGGGUAUCGAUUUCCAAUACGAUAACACGACGGUGCAUCUACCAGUGAUCAUUCAAGAAAAGGACCUGCGACCGUUCGAGCCAAUACCCACCGAAUAUCUUCGAGCAUUUAAGGAUUUAUGGAAGGACCCGGGAAUGAAAAAGGCCGUGGCGAGGGGAAAUGAGUAUGCACUUCACGAUAAUCUGGGAUAUUUCUUCGAAGACCUCGACCGAUUGUUUAACAAAGAUUUCGUGCCAACCGACCAAGAUGUCCUCCGAGCGAGAUUACGAACGACGGGAAUCACAGAAACCGUGUUUGACCUGGGAUCCUUACAAUAUCGCAUGUUUGAUGUGGGUGGACAGCGAUCGGAAAGAAAGAAGUGGAUUCAUUGCUUCGAAAAUGUCAACGCACUACUGUUCUUGGUAGCAAUCAGCGGUUACGAUCAAUGUCUCGCGGAAGACAAGGACGGCAAUCAAAUGCAGGAGGCUCUGAUGUUAUGGGAAUCGAUCGCGAAUUCUCACUGGUUUAAGAAUUCUGCGCUCAUCCUCUUCAUGAACAAGAUUGAUCUUUUCAAGCAAAAAAUAUCUGCCAGCCCUAUCACCGACUUUGGCUUCUCUGACUUCACGGGAGACCCAACCAGCUGGCAGCAAACCAGCAAAUACUUUAUGGAUAAAUUCACGGCGCUAAACCGGAACCCGGCCAGAGAUGUCUACGGACACUUUACCAAUGCGACCGAUACGGAUCUUCUCAAGGUCACGAUGAAUUCGGUUCAGGAUAUGAUCAUUCAGAAGAAUUUGCAAAAACUUAUACUUUGA